AUGUGCUUAAAAUUCAAUGUCACAUUUUUGUUACAGAAUCCAAGCCUAGCUCAUGAAGUUCGAGAGGCAGCUACUCCAGUACAUUUCAGACUUCUUCAGUCAAUUGGCAACUUGCCAAACGGAAUACGGCAGAUAUGUGACAUUAGAGCUCAUUUACUGCUCUUGAUGAAAACGGAAGAAGACAAAUCUACAGCUUCGUCACUGCAUCGUCUCGAAAGAUCUGCUCACGAACUGCUUGUUUUGUGGUUUUGCCAAAGUAAUAUGAAGCUGGAAAGACUGACUUGGCAGUCUCCGGGAGAUAUCCUACAAAAGGUUUCGGAAUAUGAAGCAGUACAUCCUGUCCGAGGAGCGUCGGACUUCAAGCAGCGUCUCGGGCACGGUCGGAGGUGUUUCUACUUUUCUCAUGAAGCGAUGCCAAGGGAACCUCUAGUUAUUGUGCAUGUGGCUCUUCUUAAUGAAAUAGCAGACAAUAUUCAGCGAAUUGUGAAUUGCACUGACUUCGAUUACGAUGAACAACGUUGCACAGCUGCAAUUUACUACUCCAUAAACUCAACUCAACCAGGGCUAGCAGGGAUUGAUCUCGGUAACAUGCUUAUCAAGCGUGUGGCCCAUCUGCUUCAGUCAGAGCUGCCCUCUGUACAUAUACAUUCUACGCUUUCUCCUAUUCCGGGAUUCCGAACAUGGAUGUUACGAUGUCUACAUGACAGCUCACUUUACGGUAUGUUAUCUUUCGAAAAUAGCGAGAUGAGACCAGGAAAACUUGGAGUGGAGGUGAUGCGGUCUAUUCUGUUACACAUCUGUCCACAUAGUAAUUCCUAA